CCCGGUUACCUGAGAACGAGGAGCGCAUGAGCAGACCGCGUCAUCCCAGGCUGCUGCACGUCCCGAUUCACACACUUCAUUCCAGUAGUAGGCGGUAAUGCUCUUCCGGUAGUAGCUUGCCAACCACCGUAAAACAGAAGAAGAAGAACAACAACAACUGUAAACAACAACCGAAAUCCUCUCCACGCUACAUUUUACCGAAAUCCUCUCCACGCUACAUUUUACCGAAAUCAUCUCCACGCUACAUUUUAAAGAUGGCUUCAAAAGAGCGUGGUGCGACCUGGGAUGACGCCGAGACUGCAGCUGUUAUUACAGUUUGGGCGGAGGACGCUAUCCAGGCGAUGUUGGAGGGUGCUAAGCACAAUCACAAAGUUUUCCAAAAGAUUUCGGACGAAAUGAAGGUGAGGGGAUACGACCGAGACCCAAAACGGUGUCGGGAGAAGAUAAAAAAACUCAGGAUACAGUACAAGAAGGUUAUUGAUCAUAACAACAAGUCAGGGAGAGGAAGAAAAUCGUGGAGAUUCUAUGAUGCCAUGGAUGAAGUGUUGGGCCACCGUGCAUCGUCGCGGCCUCCAGUGCUUUUAGAGAGCUCUACGCUGAAUACCGCAGCAACGAAGGACGAUGAUGCAACAUCUGACCACGAGGAGCAGCCUGAGAACCUGAGCAGCACACAGGAUGAGAUGGAUGAUGAACUGAAUGGGUCAAUAGCUAGUUUUAUUUCUGAGGAGCCAGGAGGAAGUCGUGUUGCUGAAUUUCCUGUUGAUGAGACUCCUGCUGCUGAGGCUCAUAAAGUUAAAACCAGGAGGAAGAGCAAAUUAGUAAAAGCCCUAGAUAGCACUAUAGAGGCUUUCGUAAAUGCUCAGAGACAUUCUGAUGAACGCUGGUUGGCAGCAUUUAAAGAACAGCAGGAGUCGGUCCAACGCCACCAACAACAGCAGCAAGAACAGCACCUAAGCCUGAUACGCGAAGUAGAAAUAAAUCGACUUCAAGCUGAAGAGAGAUUGAGAAAACAGGAACAGGAACACGAGAUGCGGCUGAUGCAGAUGAUCGUCCAGCGGCUGCCACAGCAACCAGCACAACUACAGGCCCUGAACCCUCCAUCGCCUUCUACUUCUUUCCCAAACUUUUCAAACUAUGGACCAUAUCAAUGUUGCUCAGAAGUGGAUUGUUAAAGAAGAUUCUUUGGCCAAAAAACCUCUUGCCGACCUGCAUCAGCCAAGUCCCCCUCACAUAAUAAAGGAACAGAAGGGAGUCUACAUCAGUCUGCGAGGAGAGGAGCUCCAUGGGAAGGUGAUUAAUGCCAUCAGGUUUCCAGUUGCUGCUCCAAUAAAGACUCUGGAUGAACAGUCUCUGCUGCUCUCACAGCUUUAUCCAGACCAAAUUAAAGGCAGAGAGCUUACAGAGGAGAAAGAUGAAGAAUCCGUCAAGAUACAAGAUCAUGGAGAUGCUUCCAUUUCUUUAGAGUCUGAAGACACUGAGAAGGAUGAAGAGGACAGUGAUGUGGAGCACCCUCUCUCUGGGCUGAAAGACUUGUCAGACUCUGGAUAUAAGAAAUGUUCUACAGAGAAGAAAAAUGUGGACUCACGAAGGAAAGUCCAGACAGGAGUGAAGCUUAACUGCAAAGACUGUGGUAAAACAUUUAUUGGAAAAUACGCAUUAAACCAACACAUAAGAAUCCACACCAGAGAGAAGCCUUUCUGUUGUGAUCUAUGUGGAAAAUGUUUUAGCCAGAAAGAACAUUUAAAAAUACACACAAGAAUCCACACAGGACAGAAGCCU